AUGAACCUAGUGCCAGAGUCAACCGUGGCCAGUUCCGGUCAGUACCAGCAGCGAUAUGUGCCAUAUCAAUAUGGUUUGAGAAGGCUGCCGCGCUGUCUCUACGCUGUCGGAACAUCCCGCGAGGAUCAUGCCACAGGUAUCGCCACCGAUGACUACGACAGCGAGUUCGUGGCACCUAGCGGAGAACAGCCGGACCUGAGACAAAAGACCGUUUUGGAGACAAUCAGAGCUGCUGGUCAAAUCAGUACAGUGCCUGACCCCACAGAUCCCGUACCCAUGCCCGACCCUCCGGAGAACGAUAAGCGCGAAAGAGGAACCUGCUGGUCGCCUGAUUGCGAGCUGAAGGACAUUCGUGGCCACAGCUCAGCAUACCUCCGCUGUGUUUCUUGCAAAGCUGCAUGGUACUGCUGUCGCGAAUGCAAGCGCAGUCAUUGGCCGUGGCACAAAUUUCACUGCGGGCAUAAGACCAUAGAUACCGCUGAUCUCCUCGUCCUCGAUUGUCUAAGCGACCGUCUCCCCGAAGAUCCUGAUGUCAGGGCGGACUUUGGCUUCAGUAGGCUGAUUACUGGUCAAGAUCAUGGCUCGCUUCUGGGGCUCUAUAUCGGGCUUGUACAUCCUAGGCUUCUGCACGUCAGCUCUAGGGCUUUGCAUCGAUGGCGUAGAUCUGGCACACUUGUUAAGAAUAUUCGUCGCAAGUACGAGACACGACCACUGGGAAGACGGGGCAGGUAUUAUCUUUGGUUUCUUCGCAACACCUGGAUUCUUGAGGACACGGCUGAGGGGCCUCGCAACAAUCCGAGAGUGCCCGAGAGACAUGUCGAGGCUUAUAUCGAGGUUGUCAGGCCUUACAUGCCUCCCGCUUAUCGGGUCCGUGACGUUCAAAAUCUCGAUGCCGACCUUCGCAGAGUGAUGUUGUUCUACGGCCUCAUACUGGGCGACUGGCACCCGAUUCCUGACUUCCCACCUAUGUGGAUGGACUUCGGGUUCUGCACCUGCGGAGACGAGUACUCGGAGAAUUGA